UCCAAGGCCUAUCGGCACAACAAAUCACGCCUGGUAAAUAGUGUACCAUUAAAUAGGCAAAUACUGGUAGUUAUUCACGAAAUAAUACCACGAUGGACAGCAGCAAUGACUUGUCGGACGAGCUGAUACGUCGCUUGAGUGUUGGCGGUACCCUGGAGGAGGUGAUCGCCAGCAACAUGUUCGAGGAUAGCAUAGAUGUGGAAACGGAGGCGGAGCUGGACGACAUUAUCAUCGUGCACAUGGACAUCCGGGAACCGCUAAGCAUGCUCAAAACACUUGUUGAGCAAAAAGUUGGAGUGUGCCUGAAUUACUACACCUUUUGGCUGCAGGAUGCACAGGAGCUGGAAUCGCACAAGAACCUCGUGGAUCAGUGCGUUAGAGGGGAAGGUCUGGUCCAAAUCAACGUGCAAAUCUCGACCAUUCGGAAACGCAUCAACAUUGCCGAUGUCCUCAAGCCCACGGAGGCCGCCUUGGCUGCUUUGGCCGAGGAUAUGGUGUCCCAACUCUCGCCCCCCGAGUCCGCCAGUCAGAAGAGCUCGUCCAGCGAAAGUCCCAUCAAAACGCCCAUCAAACGCAAGGUCAAAGAAGACUCAGAAGAGGAGUCCGUGGAAUCCAGCAAGGACGUCAAGCCAGUCUUGAACUGGGUCUUGGACAGCAAGUUCAAGCGGGAACAGGCGCGUCUGAAGAUUCCCGAGGCGGCCAUCGAAUGGACGCAAGCCCACGUAACCCACUGGCUGGAAUGGGCCAUCAAACAGUUCGAGCUACGUGGCAUCAACAUGAGCGACUGGCAGAUCAACGGUCAGGAACUCUGCGCCAUGACGCACGAGGACUUUAGCCGGAAGUUGCCCCGUGAUCCGGGCAACGUCUUCUGGACGCACCUGCAGCUGCUCAAGGAGUGCAAUUUUGUGUCCGUGGUGCACAAGCAGGCGGAGGAGCUGAGGAAACCCAAGCAACCCAGGAUCAUGGCAGCCUCUGCCAUUUCGGCCACUACGGGCUCCCUUUCCUUAGAGCAGAGGAUAAUGCGGAAAUCCUACCAAACAGUCAAGGGUUCCGAUUCCAUUGAAAGUUCUCCAACGUCUUUAAGCCCCACAAAUUACACCGCCAUUGGUUCCGGCAACAAUGGACAAGUCCAGCUGUGGCAGUUCCUACUCGAAAUACUCACGGACUGCGAGCACACGGACAUCAUCGAGUGGGUGGGCACCGACGGAGAAUUUAAGCUCAGCGAUCCGGACCGAGUGGCUCGCCUCUGGGGCGAGAAGAAAAACAAACCCGCCAUGAACUACGAAAAGCUAUCGAGGGCGCUCCGAUACUACUACGAUGGGGAUAUGAUCUCCAAGGUGUCCGGCAAGCGGUUCGCAUACAAAUUCGACUGCGACUUGAAGCUGUUGAUUGGCUACGAUGCCAAAGAGCUCUCCCGGCUGGUCAACGAACGGAAGGUAGUUCCUGAACGUGUGGCGCCCUUAGAGACCAGCAAAAAAGACACAUGACAUGGCGAGCUGCAGCUCAAGGUGGAACCCGACAUACUCUGGAAGUACGAGGAGCCUUAGCGUUGGCUGACUUUGUCGGAUAACUGCGCCUGGUUAAUAAUACAAAUUGUUACACACUUUACACAUUUUAUACUCUUAAGGCACACGAUUUUAUUAUCUAUUUCGUAUCUACUAAGCUUUAUAAUCUCUGUCUACGUAAGCUAUAGCUAUAAGUAUCGCUCUUCUACAGCUAAACAUCUUUAUUAUUAUCUGAAUAGUAUCUCUACAGUGUGUAUAUUGAAUAUUGUUCGUUACAUGAUUGUUGCGAUUUUUGUAAAAUCCAUAAAACUAAAUUCAUUUCCA